CGGAAGUUUCGGAACCCAGGCCAACGUCAAUAAGGGAAACUCCGGCAUCCGAAGCAAAUUCUAAGUCCUAUGAUCUUUUGUAAGCAUGUGUGCUGGCAUAGGCAGGCGCAGCGACGGAUCCAUUUGUUGAUUGACAACAUGCUGUGCCAUGCUGAUGCAGCCGACAAACCCGACAAUUUGAUGAUCCCCAUGCAAGGCCCUUCCGCACCACGUCACCUCUGUUGACUAUAAAAGAAUAAGCUAUGCCACUCUUGGUUAAAAGGCUGGACAACAUCCAUUACCCUCUUUUACCGUGAUAUCCAGGCGACGCCAACCUGACCAUCGCGAUGCUCCGAGUCCACAACCUCUUCCUUGGGCUGUGCAUCAUGCUCUUGGGCAUCAUCACAGGAACCUACGCCACCGCCGCGACACACCACCCAACACCGAUGAACAAGCGCACCGCGCAGGAGGUCAUCACCCAACUCAAGCUAAUCCCUAAUGUCGAGGGCGGGUAUUACAUCGAAACCUUCCGCGACACCACCAACGUGACCUUCACGGCGACCAGCGCCAACGGCACCACCUCCGGCGCCGUGACCACCCGCUCGGCCAGCACGGAGAUCUACUACCUCCUCGAGGGCGCCACGGGGCAUUCCCUCUGGCACCGUGUCGAUGCCGUCGAGGUGUGGCACUACUAUGCCGGCGCGCCGCUGACGCUGUUCCUGGCGCGUGACGACGGGUCGCCCGUGCGCGAGGUCACCCUGGGCCCGGACGUGUUUGCCGGCCAGCAACCGCAGGUUGCGAUCCCGACGUGGGAGUGGCAGCGGGCGAGGAGCUUGGGGAAGUGGACGCUUGUUGGGACGACUGUUGCGCCUGGGUUUGAUCCGAAUGGUGUUGAGCUUGCGGAUCCGGACUGGGUGCCGGAUGCUUGAGGUGGUCCCUUGUGUCUCUGCUCAGCCGCUGUGGUAUAGACUAUAGAGCCAGCUUGUGAAUGCAUAAUGGUCUCGCUAUCCCGUCUUACCACACACUUCAUGAGCGACGAGAAGACAUAUGUAUAAGACAUGUAGCCCCAGAACGGAAAGGGGCUGCAGGCUGCAGUGAUGAUCGUGCGCUGAUACUGUAGGUUGAUUGGCCU